AUGCUCAAAUUCUCUGGCUUCCUCCUGCUCGUUCUCGGUGUCGGAGCUGUCGUGAAUGCUGCCUCUCAGGUGCCUCUUGUCAGUUUGAAUGGCAUCGCUGGUUUGGAGAGCAAUCCUUCAACCCAAGUCCCUAGUGCGGCGGACUACAGACUCAAUGAUCUGAACCUCUUGUCCUCCGAAGAAUUUAGCGUCCUCAAUCAUCCAGCUUUCCCUCAUUAUAGCGUAAGGAUCAAAAAAUCCGAUUUUUGUGACGGAAAUGUGGGAACAUACACAGGUUAUAUCGACAUCUCGGAGGUUCGCCAUCUAUUCUUCUACUUCUUUGAGAGUAGGAACGACCCCGACACGGAUGAUGUGGUAUUCUGGACGAACGGAGGUCCGGGCGCCUCUUCCGCCAUGGGUCUCUUCAUGGAGCUCGGUCCCUGUCGAGUUGCUGGGCCCAAUAGCACGACGUACAAUCCCUAUGGAUGGAACGACAAGGCGAAUGUUUUUUUCAUUGACCAACCGGUCGGCGUGGGCUUCUCAUAUGCUGACUACGGAGAGAAAGUCGAAACUACUCCAGAAGCAGCAAAGGACAUUGCAGCGUUUGUUGCCAUUUUCUUUGAGCAUUUUAGCAAGUUCAAGGGGAGGGGAUUCCACAUGGCGGGAGAGUCAUACGGUGGACGCUACGUGCCACUCUUUGCUUCUGCGGUAUACGAUCAGAACGCGAAGCUCAUUGAGGCGGGCCUCACGCCCAUCAAUCUAUCCUCCAUUAUGAUAGGCAAUGGAUGUACUGACUUCAGCUAUUUGAUGGAGUCCUACUACGACAUGCAAUGUACGCCCGUGUCUGUUCCUCCAAUUCAAGACAUCAGCACGUGUGUUCGCAUGAAACAAGCGGUGCGGUUUGGUCUCAAUCCACUCGCAAACGCCAUCGAACUUCUGUUAUGGGAUUCGUAUAGGUACCACGAUGCUCUUUUCUGCGAUUCGGAGCUGGAUGCCCCCUUUGCGAUGAGCGGAUACAACCCCUACGAUAUCAGCAAGCGAUGCGAGGGCGAAUUACUGGACACGUUCUGCUAUCCCCUCAAUAAGGAUAUUUCAGCGUACUUGAGCCAGCGCACCGUUCGAGAGAUCCUCGGCGUGGAUAAUUCGUUGCCAUUAAACUUCUCUUCGUUUAAUGUCGACGUCAAUCGUGCCUUCCUAGGGAACUGGGACCAUAUGUUCCCCACACAGCUCUACAUCGCUGCGCUGCUCGAGCGCGGCAUUCGUGUACUCAUCUACGCCGGAUCAUAUGAUGUGGCAUGUAAUUGGGUGAGCAACGAGCGUAUGCUGCUCAACAUGGAAUGGCUUGGCCAGGAGGAAUUCCGCUCACAACCGCUGAGGGAGUGGACGGUCGACGGUGUUCAUGCAGGACGCACCAGGAGUGCUGGGCUUUUGACUUUCGCAACAAUUGAUGGUGCGGGACACAUGGCUCCUUAUGACAAGCCCGUAGAAUCUCUGGUGCUUGCGAACAAGUGGUUGGCUGGGGACGAGCUGUAA